CCUUUAAUGAUAUUUUAUAAAAAUUCUAUUGUUCACUGUUAAUUCAUAUUGCUUCGUGAUAUAUUAAAUGAUGUCAAUUUAUACCUAUGUAUUUAUAUACAAACUUGAAAUAGUACAAAUGUAUUAAUAUAGAGAAAUUAACAUUAGCUGUUAUUUUCUGAUAUAUAAUGAUUAACUAAUGAUAACAAUGUGAUCCUUUUAAAGUAAAGUUUUGCCAGGAUUUAUAUAAUUUUGUUGUCCUGUGGAAUUUUCCAACAUAAACUUUUUUCUUCUUCUUCUUCUUUUUUGCCUUGACUUCUUGUGGAUGUAGUCAGUGUUGCUGUGAAAGUUACUGUCUAUUAUAGUGCAGAGAUAUUUAAAGCUGGUGACCUUCUUCACAUCCUGUGCUGCCAGCUCAAGCGUAACUUUCUAAUCAUGGCUCCUUCGUCUUGGUGAUAUUAAUGUGUAGGGAGCUGUUAUCAAACCUGAAGACACGGCUGUCAACAUACUGGAAAUAGACUAUUUACAUCCUUCUAGCAAGCGACCAAAGCUGUAUCAUCAGCAUACUUGAAAGGAGCAGGUCACUUUUGUUACACUGCACUUGACUGCUAUAUAUUAACAUGAUAUAACAGGGGAGAAGCAGCAGUACACAUCCCCAAGGAGUGGCAGUCGGAUGAGGUGCCGUUCAUACGGACUUGCUGAAGCAGCACUUUGAUGCAAAGGACUAGCCUGCUGUUCACAUUUACAUCAUGUAGUAGGUACUUUGGGGUUGGACUGUAUUAAAGGCAGAAAAGUUAGUUUUGUUCAAAUGCUGUUGGACGUUAUCCAGCAUAGGUUAGCUUGAUAUGCUAAAUGCGUGGUGUCCAUAAAUUCACCGUUUUCCGAUUAAAAUACUUUACUGUAGAGGCCCCAUUCAUUUAAGGAGAACUGAUGUAAGACCAAUGGGUCAAAUAACAUUCAAAGAUUUUGCACAUGGAGUUCUGGGUACAGGGAUGUAAGAGAUGUCCUUCCAGACCAGGGUUAUAAUGUUUCUAAAACAGAGUAAACACAGAUCCCUGCUGUGCAGCACUGCUUUAAAACCUUCCCCUUCAGUACAUCUCGAUCCCAUAACCUUCAAACCUAAGCUUUUAAAACUACUUUAAACCUCAGGCAAGGUCUGUCAAACCAAUAUUCAAAGUUUGUCUUGGUGGACUUGAUUUUUUCCAGUUUAAUAACUUGAAUACACAUCAGAAUGUCAAAGGAAAAAUAAACGUUUCCUAAAUAUUUAUUUUAUUUUAAUUUUUCAUUUUUAUUCAAUGCCACAAGAACCAGGGGUACUCACACUUCUGUUUAGUCACUAAAACAGUGAUAAAACAAAUGCAAAUUGGUUUCUUUUCAUUUCCUAUUUGGAUAAAUAUUGUGUGAGGCACGUUUUAAUAUGGAUGGAUGCACUUUAUUGGACUGCUUUCAGACUGCUGAAAAACACCAGCUCAUUGCCAUUAUAAAGCUUAGAAGAGCCAAGACGAUUUUUAAUAUAACUCCAAUUGGUCUGAAAGAAGAAAGUCAUAUACACCUAGGGUGAGUAAAGCAUGAGCUAAUUUACAUUUUUGGGUAAAUUAAAGCUUGAAGAUUUGAAAUUUGAAUGCGGUUUAAAACACCCUCUUGAGGACGACAUGUAAGAUUCGGUGUACAGUAUAGGCGGCAAUAAUACUCACAAAGAAAAACAAAAGAAAAACAAAGAAUAGAGACCCGUUUAAUCAUGGCACAAGAGUCUCAGCCAGAUGUACAGACCACAACACCCAUUAAAACAGCAGCAAAUGUGUGUAGACUCUGUGGUCAGUUUUAAUCCAUCCAGAUGUAAUAAAUCCAGAUGUUUUAUGGACAUAAGCUUGCGAACAAAGCGGAUUAUGCAGUCACGUUGGAGGAAUUCAUUGGCAAACUUCAGGACACGACUCUGGCCGUCUGCGGCUCUUGUAAAACAAUGUUAAUGAGGUACGAUCUCGUGUCCAAAGAUGCAGAAUGAAUUAAAAUGCACAUUCAGGAUAUGUGGAAGAAGACCAGAGAGAAACGGUGUGCUACUUCGAUUCCCGCACUAGAAGUGAUGGACACAGCAGCAAAUGAUGAUGAUAAAAACACUGCAUCCAGAUCCAGCUCUCUACAACAGUUCACUGACAGCGCUGCAGCUAAGGAGAAACUGAAAACUGCAUUGAAACCAUUGCAGGUGAAGUUGAGAAUAUUUCAGGAGUUUCAAAAGACUUCGCUUCAGACCGGAGAACAUAUUAAGUUUCAGGCUCAAUACACAGAGGGGCGGAUCAAGGAGGAGUUUGUGAAGCUUCGCCGGAGUUUGUGUAAUGAAGAAGCAGCCAGGAAAAAAGCACUGAGAGAGGAAGAAGAGCAAAAGAGCCAGAUUCUGAGGAGGAAGAUUGAGAAGAUGAGCACAGAGAUGUCAUCUCUUUCCGCCACAGUCGCAGCUGUAGAGGAGGAGAUGAAAGCUGAAGAUGCUUUUUUCCUACAGAACUAUGAUGCCAUUUUGAAAAGAGUUUCUCAGUGUAAAGCGCCGGAUCCAGAGGACAUUUCUGGAGUUCUAAUCAAUGUGCCAAAACACCUGAGCAACCUGAAGUUCACUGUGUUACAGAAGAUGCUGAAAACCGUUGAUUACACUCCUGUGGCCUUUGAUCCCAACACUGCUCACUGUAAUCUCAUCCUGUCUGAGGAUCUGACCAGUGUGAGAUACAGCGAUGAGGAACAGACUCUUCCUGAGAAUCCAGAGCGAUUCGACAUGUUUGCGUGUGUUCUGGGCUCACAGGGCUUUGACUCUGGCUCUCGCUGCUGGGACGUUGAGGUCGGAGACAGUACAGGCUGGUUCAUCGGGGUGAUGACCGAAUCUGCUCAGAGGAGAAAUAAAAUAUUCUCAAGGAGUGGAAUCUGGCUGGUGGGUCAUUUCUGUGGUGAAUAUAAAGCACAUGAGCCACCACAAUCACCAGCUCUCCUCCCAGUGAAAGAGAAACUGCAGAGGGUCAGAGUUCAGCUGGACUGGGACAGUGGAAAGCUGUCGUUCUCUGACCCUCUUACUGACACUCACAUACACUCUUUUACACACACGUUCACUGAAAGAUUAUUUCCAUUCUUCGGUGUUGGCUGUGACAUUUCUCCUCUUCUCAUCUUACCUGAAAAUUCCUCUGUAAAAAAAGAUUCGCUGUAGAUCAAGUUGUUAAUCUUGACUUAAAAGUUGUCUUCAUUUAAAAAUCUUUGACAGCUGAUGUUUAGACAUAUAAUAAAUAAAGAAAUAAAACAUGCUAAAUAAAAAUUAUUGACAACAUAAUGUUGAGUCUAUUAAUAGGCAUUUACAUAUUUAAAGGAAUAAAUACCCAAAAAUGUAAAAAGUCAUAAUUUUCUCAACCUCAAAUUGUUCAAAACCUGUAAGAAUUUCUUUCUUCUGCUGAACACACAAGAAAAUAUUUUGAAUCAUACAUUGUGUAUAAACUAUAUGUCCCGUUCAGGUUAGGCGAUUCAAAUUUUACCUCUGAUUAGAUUAUGACAACAGUUUGAUCAGUGAUUGAAUUCUAUUUA